GUUCGCACCUACCCAAACAAGCAGGAAACAGGAAAUGUUCACGUUUCAGGGAGGCUGAAGCCAGCACAGCAUCAUGCCGGAGGGAGAGCCCAGGAGAGCGGACAGGAAGGCUCCCCGCGCUGCCCUCCUCUUUGCCCUGAUAAUCGUGCUCCUUCCCUAUGGCCGGGCUCAGGAGAGUUCUGGCGCAGCAGAGGAGCCAACAGAUAUACCCGAGGAAGUGGAAAGUACAGAUAAAGAUGCUAGUAUCAUCACCACAGUUGCUGCAACAGUGGCCACAGAAACACUCACUGAAAUGACGGAUUCUGCCUUCCUGGAAGAAGAGGAUCAUCCGCUCGAGUUCAUAUUAAUGGUGUCGAUCCCGUUGAUUUUAUUGGCAUUCCUAUUCUUAUCAGUGGUAUUCAUUAUGAUAAGAUAUAAAAGAAAAAAAACUAAACAAGAAUCUUCUGUCCAAGGAUCUCAGAGUAUUUUCCAGACAUAUGAACUGGGAAGCGACAACCUGAAACUCCCAAUUUUUGAGGAAGACACACCGUCUGUUAUGGAAAUAGAAGUGGAAGAGCUUGAUAAGUGGAUGAACAACAUGAACAGAAAUGCCGAUAGUGAGUGUUUGCCUACCGUGAAAGAAGAAAAGGAAUCAAACCACAGCCCCAGUGACAACGAAUCCUAAAACUGAACGGGGCUCAUGUGUUCCAAGAGAAGCAGCUCCGGAGGGAGCCUGCAGGGCCUGCCAACGGAGGAUGAAGAGGAUACAAAUUUAAUUAAUUUCAAAUCAACAUAGACGCAAGAAUCUCCCGCUGUUUCUUCCAACGCCCACCCACUCCUCCUCACGAUGGCAUCACCUGUACUUGGAAGAAUGUGCUCCUGAGAAGGCGGAGGAAGACGCCUGGCUGACGUCCAUCGCCGAGGGUGGAGGCGCCGUAGGACCAGAGGCCUCGGCCUCUGCCGGGCUCUCGCUGAUGCACUCCCGCAGCUGGGCUCUGAUCUCUGCUCUAGGCGGCAUCCCUGUUACCUCUCUGCUUCAUUCCUCAGGGUUCAAACCAGGAAGCUGUUUUAUCUAUGGUUUCCUUCUGGGUCUCAUUGUUACCUAAUUAGCUUUGGAUAAUUUCCUCUGAUUAGUCAAGUGCUUUGAUAGGUCACGUGCAUCUGGCAGGACCUAUUCUCAAGGUGAGUCAAACAAUGCAAACAAACGAUAGAAGUGUUUUACUGUACAUACCAGGGUAGAGGUUGACAAAGUCCUCUCUGCCAGCCAAGAAGACACAGGGAGCGCCCACAGUCCUGAGAUGUUGUUGGGUGUCUUGUAGACCCCCUUUGGCCAGAUCCAGUCACUCCUGGGAACUUCUCAGAGGAAGAGGAAUCUCCAGUGAAAGAGCAAACGUUUCGGUAUCAGCCAAAAUCAGCUACUUGUUCACGUUUCCCCCAAGCUCAUUCUUGCUGUCACUCCAGCUCCCUGGCAUGCGUGUGGGUAGGGAGUGUGCGUAGGUGGGGGUCAUCUGUCAGCUGGUAUUGUUCGUCUCUGAGAUCUUUAAGGUCACUGGAAACAAACAAAAGGGGAAUAGGAAAUACCUGUGCCCGUGGCGGACAUCACUUGCCACCUCAGAGGUCUUUCUUGCUAAGUUGGAACAAGCCUCGGAUCCUCCUCCACCCUGCUCUCCGGCCACCAUCGGCCCAUCAGAGAUGACGUUCUCUGCGAUUUCUGCGUGCUCUGUGUGGACAUCCUGUAAGGUUUUCUUAGACCCCGCCGAGGAAAUAAACAGCCAAUUAGCCAUGGAAACAGGCAGAUGAGCUUUAUUUUGGAAGUUUGUGCUUCCGGGCAACGUUUUCCCCGCCCAGAGAAGGGGCUAAGAAAAGACCGCACAGGAGAUGGGAAAGGCUGGGAGUUUUAUAUGGCUGGACUUCGCGCGGGAGCCAAGGAUUGGUUCUUGGUGAACAAAGAAGCAACUUAGCAUUGGUGGCUCCUGGUCUGAUGUCAGUCACCUCUUCUGGGUCAGAGUUCGGUUGCCAUAUCACUUGCAGUCCAAACAGUGGCCAUAUUUGUAGUCCAAAAUGCUAAUUGUAACUAGAUUCCCACUUGUCCUACCCUGCCCAUCCUGACACAUCCUUGCGCUAGAAGCAGUGGUGCCACGCGAGGAAGGGCCUGUUUCUCUCUCCCACUCACGCAAAAUCGAUCUCCACGUAAUCCUUGGUGUUCAGACUCAGACCUUUAGAGCAGUCGAGCAAAUGGGAGCCCCUCAGGUCCUCUACGACACCUGACACUGUAUUCCAGGAAAGAAACAGAGAAUAAAAAGCUUUAUUUAUUUUACUCCUCGCAUAUCAACCAAAGGAAGAGGAGGUUUACCAAGCAUUUGCCGCUGGAUUUUGGGUCUUGUGUUUGAAAGGCUGCCUUGAAUGCGUAACAAAAACUGGCCCCUCCUCCCUUUCUGAAUGCAGUGAACUAGGACUUGCCUUCUGAACUAAGCUCCUACUUCUGAACGCAGGGACCCAAACCGGGGAGGCCGGUCCACACAGUGAAGGGCAGACCUGGGGUUGUUCGACCACUGUCGGUAUGCCGUCCCACACUGCACAGAGCAGGGCAAGCGACACCUUCCUGAUAUCUAACUUCAACAGAGACCUCUGUCAUAUCUCUUUGGGACAUCCUAAUAUGCCGUUUUUGUUUCCAGUGCUGUGGUACAUAUUCAUAUUUACCUUGUGGUCCACAGGGACUCUCAGGUGCCCAAAUCGCCCCUUUCUGAGUCACCAUUCUGCCCACGUGGUUUCUCUGAGCAUGUUCCUCAUCAGCAUCGGGCUCUCAGAAGGGUCUCCGUUCUCUCUCUCUCUGGGUAGCUGAGAUUCCAGCUGAACACUUUGACCCGUAAACUCCACCCGGCCCAAUCAAAUAAUGGACUUUAAAAGUUCUGAGGUGUUUAAGAGUCUUGGAAUCUCGUUUGAUGAAGCAAUAUUUUAAAGGAUAAAAUUGUCCUUACUCAGUAUUUAAAAUAAUUUCAAAUCCCAGAGGAAGCCAGACUUCAGCAACAAGUCAUUGAGUUUAUAAUGGAAAGACGCACUAACUUCUAUAAUUGUCCACUGUACACGGCUCUUCUCAAAGUCAUUGGUGUGGGUCGGCCCAGCCGAGAGCCACUUCCAGCGCCCUGCAGGUGUACGACUGUUCCAAUCCGUUGGCAUCAUAGAUUCAUGAUACUUAAAACAUUUUAAAAAAAACAAACUUAAUUUUAUGUUUCAGAUUGUUAGUAAAAAAAAUCUCAUUGGCCCAAAUUAGGUAGCCAAUCAGAGCAAAACCUGACUUUAGAAUACUUAAAAAUAUAUAUAUUUUGUAGCAUUUUUGUACACUUUAAGCACACCAGGUUAACAACAUUGCCUAGUUGAACUCCUCAAGAAACUUGUUUUAAUAAGUGUGUAAAAAUAACUAUCCUAACUCAGUGAUGUGACUUCUCUCCCUGGGAAGGCCAUGGUCGCCUAAACACAAGCACACGGCUUGGGUUGGCCGUGACACCCAGGGGGUGACAGACGCUUGUAUGGACAUCCUUGUAGCUCUAGCAAUGCAGAUAGUUUCUUUAAAAAAUAUUUUGUCCAUUUUUCAUUUUGUAUGUUUCAACAAUUCAUUUUCACCAGCUCUGAGAGAAGGCGCUAUGUCGAGUGAACAUAAAAUGUAGACGCUAAUUUCAACCUCUGUCAGAAUUAGUGCCGAUUCUGAAUAUGGUGAAGGGAUGAGACACGGUUUCAUGCUGAGAAGACCCCACUAAAAUUCUCAGCGUGGGUAAAAGAUUGAAAUUUAAAAUUUAAAAAAUUUACACGUGAUACUUUUUCACACUCAGAAGACACUCAGGAUAAAUUCUGGGGUUUCCAUUUAAUAUUUCUAUUAGGCAGUCCAGAGUAGCUUCUCUCAUACAGUAUUAUUUUUUAUCUUACAAUAAGCAGAAGAGUCACUGUAUAUUAGUUGGAGCAGAAUUAUUCAAAUUGGUUACUAAUAAUUUUCAGAACCCAAGCAACCAAUUAUUGUUAUUAUUAUUAUUAUUAUCUCCGUGACCUUGCCUGAUACUGCCUUGUCUAGCACCAAAAUUUUAUCCUUCUGGGGGUGGCUAUUUGUAGAUAACUGGUGGGUUUUUUUGUUUUGUUAUUUUUGCCAUGUUACCUUUUCUAAAUAAUAUGUUAUGUUCAUGAGAGAGAAAUCCAUACAAUUAUAUAAAAUAAAAUUUUUUUUACCAACCCUAUA